AGUGAAGCAGGGCCAUCGCCUGGGGCUCAUCUCCACCUUAGAAAGGUCUCCUCAAGUUUGUUGACUUUGACUUCUGAGACAGUGCAAGGUGUACCCAGGGAGCCUGCCAGUCAUUGGGUGGUUGCCCGUACAUACUCCGCACCUGACACUGCUCAGGGAGAAGCCAGGCAGCCUGUGCCAGCUUUCCGGUCGGAGAACAUCUGGUUCCGCAGGCAGGGUGUCAUCUCUGCACCCAGGAGACCAGGCUCGGCUGAUUCUGAUCCUUAGCUUCCCAAGCAGCGACACUCAGCCCCGCAGGGAGCGGCCGAGCCAGUGUAGGAGUAUGAUGCUCAGGAGACAUCUCUGCAAAGUUCUCGGCAUUGGGCUGACUCUUGUUAUUGUCUACAAUCUCCUCCUGGUAGUUUAUACCAAGAUGACUUUACAAAAGUUGAUUCUGGGUGGUGUCCAAAAGGAGCUUCACUUGCCUCUGUCUGAAUGGAACGGGACAGUGAUAAAGAAACUUUCUCACCUGGAGUUGGAGUUGCAGCAUCUGAAAGAAAGUAUGAAAUUGGCUAUGAAGCAACAAGAAAAUGUGGACAAAACACUGAAGAGGAUGAGAGAUGAACAACCUGUUCAAAAGGCAGUGGAAGCCAAGGCAAGUGAGACAAAGAAACACAGACCCAGAGAGAAACUCUUUCCAAACUCACCACUUUUCAAGCAAUGGGGUGAGGAUCUUUCUGAGGCCCAGCAGAAAAGGGCCCAGGACCUCUUCCAGAAGUUUGGUUACAAUGUUUACCUCAGUAACCUGCUGCCCCUGAACCGGUCCAUCCCAGACACGCGGCAUUUCAGGUGUCUUCAGAAGACAUAUUCUUCACAACUCCCAUCCCUCAGUGUCGUUCUCAUAUUCACGAACGAAGCUCUGUCCAUUAUACAACGGGCCAUCAUCAGUAUCAUCAACCGGACCCCCUCUCAAUUGUUAAAGGAAAUCAUCUUGGUGGACGAUUUUAGCUCAAAUGAAGAACUAAAGGCAAACUUGGAUGAGCUUAUUAAGCUUUACAACCAGAAGUAUCCAGGACUACUGAAAAUAGUACGGCAUACCAAGAGACAAGGUCUUGCUCAAGCCCGCAACACUGGCAGGGAAGCUGCCACAGCUGAAGUGGUAGCCAUCCUGGAUGCUCAUAUUGAAGUGAAUGCUGGGUGGGCAGAGCCCAUCUUGGCCCGGAUUCAGGAAGACCACACUGUGAUUGUGUCUCCUGUGUUUGACAAAAUUAACUUUGACACCUUUGAACUAGAAAAGUAUGGAUUGGCAGUUGAUGGGUUUAACUGGGAACUGUGGUGCCGUUAUGAUUCACUGCCAAAGGCCUGGAUUGAUCUGAAUGAUGUCACCGCUCCAGUGAAGAGUCCUUCCAUCAUGGGCAUCCUGGCAGCCAACAGGCUCUUCCUGGGAAAGAUUGGGUCUGUGGAUGGUGGAAUGCUGGUCUAUGGAGGAGAAAAUGUGGAACUUAGUCUGCGGGUGUGGCAGUGUGGGGGGAGAAUUGAGGUUUUGCCCUGCUCCCGGAUUGCUCACAUAGAGAGACAUCACAAGCCCUAUGCCUUGGAUCUGACUCCUGCCAUGAAGCGCAAUGCUCUCAGAGUGGCCGAAAUCUGGAUGGAUGAGUACAAAUACAUGGUCUACUUGGCCUGGAACAUACCACUCCAGAACUCUGGAAUCGAUUAUGGAGACAUUUCUUCCAGAAUGGCACUCCGGGAAAACCUGAAAUGUAAAACUUUUGACUGGUAUCUGAAAAAUGUUUAUCCAGCCCUGAAGCCAAUCCACAACAUUGUAGGCUAUGGAAGAAUAAAAAACUCGCUGAGUGAAAAUGACUGCCUGGAUCGGGGCCCUAUUAAGGGCAAGACCCCCAUCAUGUAUUUUUGUAAUGAACACAGUCCACAGAAAGUCUACUACCAUCUAACUGGGGAGUUGUAUGUGGGAUCGCUGAUUGCAGAGGCAAAUGCCGAGGACUGCUGCCUGACAGACCCUGGCAGUGGGGAGAAUCCCACUUUGGAGCCAUGUUCCAAGGCAACCCAAAAUGGACUGCACAUAUAUUGGGAUUUUAAGCCGGGAAGAGCCCUCAUAAAUAGGGCCACCAAACGAUGUCUGGAGUUAAAGAAGGCUUCCGGUUACUAUAUGCCUGUGAUGCGGCCCUGCACCACACAAGUGUGGACAAUCCAGCACACCAUCGGAAAUUGGGGGUCCAACUAGCUUCCAGCGAUCCUCAGAGAGUCUAGAUUUGAGACACCAAUUCUUGCCACUGAAUGGCUUCUACUCCCAAUUCUGUUCAGAGUGCCAGCGGGUGAGAAAGAAAAUGUGUGUGUGUGUGUUUACUGUGACUUCAGCCUGGGACACACAGGAUGCGGUAGGGGAGGGCUGUGGAUGUGUCCUGGAGUCCUGGCCGGGGAGAAUAAGGAAACUACAACGCCUCACCCCAGCUUCCCUUGGAAUUAUAUACAUCAAACGCCAUUUUUGGAAACUCCUUGAAAUAACCACCUUCAUCUGGCUGGCGUGUGGGGGAGAGGACCAGGAGGGUGGAAGAUUAUCUUUGACUUCCGUCAGCGCUGGCUGGUCUUCAUUCCUGACGACUACGGUUGUCAUCUGCCCCUCACCUUCUCCUCAUCUGCUCGGAGCUACACCGUCUUGGGGCUGCCACACUGCAGAGGCCCAGUCAUCACUGUGGCAGCGAGACACCUACUCAGGGGCCGCCCACUCUCUGAAGCCAUGUCGCUGCUCCUACUCUCUUUUCUGGUCUGUCCUGAAAGAUACAACAAAUAGGCAAGGAAUCUUAGAAAUUCCUGUGUUUAUCCACUCACGGCAGUUUUAUUUGGUUGCCCAGUCUCUCCAGUACCAAUUAGGUUCCAGAGGCUGAGCGCAGCUCAUCCGCUUUGCACAGUGCAGAGAGAAUGGUGGAGACAUCCAAGUAUCUGGAUCAUUCUCCAAGUAGCUCACACUAUUUAAUAAUUUGAUUACUCAUUUCCUUCCACAAUCUUGAAAAUUAGAGAAAAUGAGGUUUGAAACGGAGAGGCAUCACUUACUGGGACACAAAGGAAGGACUGUAGGACAAACUUGAAACCAGGACUCCUUACUGACAUCACUGGGUGAGUCCUUUCCUCCAGCUGGCGAGGUGGGAAGACAUGUCCAGGGCAGCCAGUCUGGGCUAGGUUAGAGGAUGGGAGCGGGCUCCAUUGGGGAGGGAAGGUAGAAUGACCGUGUGUGUGUGUGUGUGUGUGUGUGUGUGUGUGUGUGUGUGUUGUGGGCUCAGCUUUCAAGUAUGAAUUUACAUGGCCCCUUCUUCAGGGGUCACUUUGCCCCCUUGUCUCACAUCAGAGCUAUGUGGGAAUCAUUAAUUUCCCUUUAGACAAUGGGUAAGCAAGACACUGUUAAUUGAGUACAGAAUUAAAUCAGCUAGAACUUUAAAAAAUAAGCGUUAGAAGUGUACAAGUCAUAGUUGUACAGCUUGACAACAUUUUCACGGUGAACAUGGUGUCAAAAAUGAAAACAAUGCCACAGAUAAGAUUUUAUCAUGAAAAAUUACAGAACAGGAAAAAUGUUAAGCAAAUGUAUAACUUCUAGCUUUUCCCCAGCAAAUUGAAAAAAAAAUGCAAUUACUAGCAAAGUUUUUCAAAAAGCAUGUAUCCAAUAGAAAAAUAUACAAAAGACACAGUAUCUUAAACAUAUGAAAAGAUGU